AUGACGGUCUGGGACAAAACCUCCUUCAACGAGUGCAACUCCACCUUCUGGAUGUACGAGUACCAGCCCCACAUGAAGCACCAGGAGCAUAACUCCAGCUGCGUGUUCAAUGCCAUGCGGGCCCUCAACCGCACCUUCGUGUUCGUCAAGGAGCACGGCAUGGGGACCAUCUCGGCCAUGCGGGAGCAGGUCAAACUGCCCCUCUCCAAGUUACUGGAGGGGAAAAACUACCUGACCUUGCUCAAGCGGUCGGCUGGCCUCUCCGGCUCGAGGCGGGUGAUACACUACAAGGCGGAUAAGGAGCCCAGCAGUGAGACGCUUGACCACGAGGCGCAGCCUGCAGUUCGGUACAUCCCGAAGCACCCGUUGCGAGUGCUAGACGCGCCCGGCCUCAAAGACGACUUCUACUCGAACAUUCUCGCCUGGUCCUCAAAGGACCUGGUGGCAGUUUCUCUAGGGACUGAGGUGUACUCCUGGGCACAUCAGCAGGGCAGGACCGAGACCCUGUUCGACAAUGGUCCCUACAUCAAUGUCAGCUCCUUGUCCUUUUCCGAGGACGGAACGACCCUGUACCUGGGGGACGAGACAGGGUUCCUGCACGUGAUUGACGUCGCCCGCAAAGAAAAGGUCAGGGGCGUGCUGCGCCACCAAAUGCGGAUCGGUGUGACUGCAACCCAUGACAGAAAGGUUGCUACUGCCUCUCGAGACAAAGCCAUCAAGGUCGAGGACGAGCGGAGUGGCAAUGGCAUAAGGCUGGAAACUAUCUGGCCUCGGGGGGGAAAUGAUAACCAGCUGUUGGUCUGGGACAUGAGGAGGGCUGACCACCCGGCCUGCAGGUUCAGUCACAAGGCCGCAGUCAAGGCAGUGGCCUGGUCGCCCCACCAGUCCAGCGUGCUGGCCUCAGGGGGAGGCUGCUCGGACCGCUGCAUCAAGCUCUGGGACAUUUCUAACAGCAAACUCACUGACACGAUCCGGACAAACUCUCAAAUCUGCAACCUGGCCUUCUCGAAACUCGAGAAUGAGCUGGUUACGUGCCACGGAUUCUCGGAAAAUGUGGUGGGGGUCUGGAACCUGCGGCAGAGGCAGCAGAUCGCCGCCCUGACCGGCCACCUCAACAGAGUCCUGUACAUGGGCGUGUCUCCCUCUGGGUAG